AUGGCCAUGGCCAAACUAAAUCAGAUCACAAAAGUAAAAAUCAGAUGUCGUGUAUCUGGGAAGGAGACUGCUCUUCUGCGACUGGAGGAUGACUCAGCUGUCCUGGAUAUUAACUACGAAGGAGAAGCUACUGUGAGCAUCCAUGUGCAGGGUGUUACCGUUCCAUAUUUUUGCAAUGAGAAGAUUGUGGUCCUCCUGCAGCGCCUAAAGCCUGAGAUCAAGGAUGUCAUUGAGCAACUCAAUCUGGUCACUACCUGGCUGCAACUACAGAUACCUCGGAUAGAGGAUGGGAAUAACUUUGGAGUGGCUGUCCAGGAGAAGGUGUUUGAGCUGAUGACCAGCCUUCACACCAAGCUGGAGGGCUUCCACACUCAAAUCUCUCAAAUCUCUAAGUACUUCUCAGAGGGGGGCGACGCAGUGGCCAAAGCAGCCAAACAGCCCCACGUGGGUGAUUAUCGACAGCUGGUGCACGAGCUGGACGAGGCAGAGUACCAGGACAUCCGGCUGAUGGUCAUGGAGAUCCGUAAUGCUUAUGCUGUGUUAUACGACAUCAUCCUGAAGAACUUCGAGAAGCUCAAGAAGCCCCGUGGAGAAACAAAGGGAAUGAUCUAUUGAGCCCCCUCUCUCAUUCCAUGAUGGGGUACAAUAGAGACCUUCCUGCUCUUCAUUGGGAAUUAUAGACUGUAUCCAAUCUUCUUCCUGCUGGGGUUUCCCCCUUACUCUGCCUCCCAAACACAAUAAAUAUAUGGUUGCCC